AUGAGCGCUGAGCGUGGACAGCCGCAGCAGCCUGCGGGCCGGAGGGGCCGGAGUUCUGGAGACAAGAAGUCCAAAAAGCGUGGCCGGCGCAAAGAAACCUACUCGAUGUAUAUCUACAAGGUGCUGAAGCAGGUGCACCCCGACAUCGGCAUUUCCUCCAAGGCCAUGAGCAUCAUGAACUCGUUCGUGAACGAUGUGUUUGAGCGGCUGGCCGGCGAGGCCGCCCGGCUGGCCCAGUACUCAGGCCGAACCACACUGACGUCCCGGGAAAUCCAGACAGCCGUGCGCCUGCUGCUUCCAGGGGAGCUGGCCAAGCACGCUGUGUCCGAGGGCACCAAGGCCGUCACCAAGUACACCAGCUCCAAGUGA